AUGACGACGUCCAAGGCCAACGCGACAUGGGGGAUGGGACGCCUUACUCCAGCCCGCCCCAAGGACCCCAGUCUGGGUUUUUGCUCGAUUCUUCCACGCUGUGGGAGCGAGUUCCUGUCAACAAUCGCGGCAUUUUGCGAAAUGUCGCGGUUAUUCUGCCUCCUGCUUAUGGCUACCGGCGUGCAAGUGGCAGCAAGUACAGUUCAAACAGUCGCGAAACGCGAUGUGCAGGCCGACCUAUCCGACGGGUUUUGUCGUAAUUGGGUAUUCGGCGCAAAUAUCGUCGGCGAUGUUUUGUACAUGAAUGGCAUGGAUGGUGGGAGUCUUGACACCGAUAAGAAUGCGUCGAACAACUAUUUCAUCAAGGUGGAUCUCUCUGCUCCAGUUGAUCUACAAGACGGGUCCAACUAUAAACUGAGCUUGAUUCCUACCGACGUCCCGAAGCUGAGAGACCAGGCACUGUGGUCAAAUCAAGCCAACUCGACGCUUUUCAGCUACGGAGGACGGAGCCCGACUGGGAAAAAACCAGAUGCUGGUGGAGUGUGGAUGUACAGCAUCUCCGAUGGUUCGUGGGAGGAACAAAAGACAUCUGUCAAACCCGUGCGACUUAUUGAGGGUGCAUACGUCAAUGUCCCCGAACUGCAGGCAGCGUAUUACCUUGGCGGGUAUCAAACCAAGCAAACGACCUCGUCAAUAACCGACGGCACAAAAUCCUAUGCAACCGGCAUGAUCCAAUACAACACAACUACAAUGGAGUACACCAUGCUCGAAGCCCCAUUCACGCCUGUACAGCAAGGCGCGCUGGUUUAUCUACCAGCCCGUGACAAGGGAGCUUUAGUUUUCCUCGGUGGUGAAGUUCCAGCUAGCAAAGACAGUAUCGAUACAGAAAUUACUCCAAACUCGUGGGAUUACGUCCAGGUCUACGAUAUUGAAGCGGGUGUGUGGUAUAAACAAACGACCACAGGCGACGUGGCACGUCGAACCCAGUUCUGCGCAUCGGUUAUGCAUGAUCCCUCAUCGGAAUCAUUUCAGAUCUACGUUAUAAGCGGGGCGGACUAUGAGAGUAAAGAGAUAGUAAAAGACGUCUCAUAUCUGUCCAUCCCUUCAUUCAAAUGGUACCGAGCGGCAGGCCUAGCCAAAGGUCGAAUGUCCCAUACGUGCCAAGCGUAUGGGAGACAGAUUCUCGGCGUUGGUGGACGCCAGAGCUAUGUCCCCAUAAGUGAUCCCAAGGCAGGAUGUUACAAAACGCCAGCCUUCCUAUACGACGCGCAGUCCGAACUUGUUCGCAAAACCUUCGAUCCCGCGCUGCUGAGCUAUUCCAUCCCCUCCAGCACGGCGGGCGAUAUCCAAAACUCCCCGACGCCGUCAGUAUGGGACAAUCCGUCACUGGCCUUUCUCCUCACAGAUAGGUCGAAUAAUAACACGAGUACCAAAGAAACCCAGACCAAACCCACAAACAAAGGCGCUAUCGCAGGAGGAGUGGUCGGUGGCGUGGCUGGAGCCGCCGUUAUCCUUGGGCUCAUCUGGUUCUCUUUACUAUCUCGACGGCGCAAGGCCCAGCAGGAUGAUACCGAGCAACCUAAAACAAGCGAGCGUAAACUGCCGAUUCUAGGGGAGCUCUCUGCCAACCAAGCUCUUAGGGAGCUAGGUACGUCUCAGAGCAGAGUUGAGGUUGGAAGUCACGGAAGUCAGCUCUACGAGUUGGACGGUGGGCAGACGCAGCAUAGUCAGAGUCAGAAACAGUCCAUGGACAGACGGACCGAGGAACGACCCGAGCGAUGA